AUGAGAGAAUCUUUUGAUGGAUAGCAACUGUUAACAGCAUCAUGGUCAUAAGAGAAACAGUUGCAAACUUGGGAUCUUAGAACUUGUAAACUUAUUUGUAACUUUGAUUGGAAUUCUCAAAUAAAGGUUAGUAACCAACCGUGCUAAUUGUAUAGUGGAUAAUUCUCAAGGUAGUUUGAUAAUCAAUUGACUUUGGCAGGAGGAUCAGGUGAGAAUGAAGUGAGGAUCUUUGAUUCACAAGAUUUUGACAAUGCCUAAAUAUGCAUCCAUGAUCUUUGCAGAGAAGUCAAUACUGUAGACUGGGCACACAAAGAUUCCAGAUUUGCAUUCUCGGGUGGUGACGGCUACUUGAGAAUAUUUGAAAUAUAAUAAAUAAAUUGA